UUGAAAAUGAGUUCUUACACGUACAAGUUAUAUUAUUUCAAUUCCCGUGGAAGGGCAGAAAUGAUCAGGUGGAUAUUUGCCGCAGCUGACGUGAAAUACGAAGAUAUUCGGCUUGACAAAGAACAAUGGGCCAAGAAAAAAUCAGAAAUGCCUUUCGGACAAAUGCCGGUAUUGGAAGUAAUUGACGGUAACGGUACGGGCACCCUUAUAGCAGAAAGCCGCGCAAUCGAACGGUGUUUGAUCAAACAAUUCAACUUGGAUGGAGAAACAGAUCUAGAUUGUGCGAAGAUUGACUCUAUUCAGGAAUAUAUGAGUGAUUUGUUCCGUAAAAUGCCUUUCUUCGAAUCCGACCUCCAAAAGAAGGAGAAGCUGAUGAAAGAGGCAUUUGAAGGACCCGUAGCAAAAGCCUAUGAAAUAGUGGAGUCUCAAGUCGGGAGUAGCAAAUAUUUUCUGGGAGAAAAGCUGACUUGGUUUGACCUAGCCAUCACUGCAGGAUCGGAUGUUCUUCUCAUGUUCAAUCCAAAUCUAUUUGAGAAAUAUCCGAAACUGAAGAAGCUUCAUUCAACUGUUCGAUGUCAUCCUAACAUGAGUGCAUGGAUAGCUAAACGUCCCCAAACGCCUUAUUAAUUCACAAAUUUCCAUUAAAACCUUCGUAAUUUAGGGAAUUGAAUUUUUCAACGAGUCAAGGUUAUUUCUUUUGCAAUUACAUACCUUAUAUUUCAUCAUUCCAUACCUUUACACCAAUUGAAGCGAUUACAACCCUACAUAUAUCAAAUACUCUUGCUGUAUCAUUUUUGCAAAAAUUAAAAUUAAAUGGCAAUCAAAACACAAA